AUGGAGUUAAAAACAGUUAUAUUCUCAAAAGAGCACGGCAGCACAUUUAAAUGGACAGGAUAUAAAGAAAGGAACAGGAAUGUUAAGAAUCCAUUCUUUAGCAAUCCGUAUAUUUAUUGCCCUGAAAAGAAAUCCACAUGCCAGAAGAAAUCAAGAAAUACCAAGGCAGGAGCUUUUAGAACAACUUCUCAGAUAAAUGAUCUGAUGAGAGGCUUUGUGUCUUCUAAAUAAAGAAAUAACCACGACUUAUCAGGAUGAAUCUAAGAAAGCAUGGAAGCCACAUCAUCAUCAUGAAUUUUCGGAUCAAAAACCUAUAAUGAUCUGACCUGAUUCUAAGGUUAAAACCAAUUAUCAUUUUCCAGGGAAGAAUUAUGAGAUUCCUGCUACACAAACAAAGUCGUUGACUAGAAUUCCUGGUCAUGGAGCAUUAGCACAGACGAUAACCCCAGCUAAUAGGCCUAGAAACACCUUUAGCUCUCUUGGGUUUAAGAAUAUGGGCAAAAAGAUGACUGCAAAAGGUUCAACUGAUCGUAUCUUCAGGAGGCAUAAUAAAGUUCCUAUAUUUGAUUUCACCAACCAAAAGAUGAUACCAAAAGACCAAAUGGCUCAGACACAGAGAGAUGUAUACAAGGAAGCAAGGCCAAUGGCAAUAUACAGACCAAGAGUCUUUAGCCCUAUGACAAAGUACCGGAUCGGAGAAUUAAAAAGGGUUAGAUAAACGUAAUGAUUA